AGCGCUCAGGCCAAUGCAACAUGGCGUCGGAACUGAGUCUGGGUUAUCAUCUGCGUCUGUAGCGACUCUCAGCGUAAAAGCUGACGUAAUUUCUAAUAAAAGAUUAGCGAAAAUGUAAUUCACUCGCUCCUUCAAUUGUCAUCGCGCAGUGCGUGAAGCAAAAGCCAGGCUCAGCGAGAUGAACACGGACAUACGCAUCGCUGUUACAUGUUUUCUGCUUAUCGCGAUGAUAACCUUCACGAGUGCAGGCCAGCUAUCGAUGAAAGAACAUCGAACUCAGGCGGCUUCCGAAAAAGCUAACGAUCUAUGGUGCUAUCAAUGCUUUACCAUGGAAGACGGUGAAAAAUGUAUCAAUCUUACUGGCAAUACUGGCAAUUCCAGCACCUUCAGGCACAAGUGUACGGAUGACAAAAGAAUUUGCAUGGUGAAACGAUUUUCCUACACCUUAAGCACCGAGAAUUCGACUUCCACGGAACAAACGUGGUCCGUGGAAAGAAACUGCACGAACAAAUGCGAACCAGGAUGCAUCGUAAUCGGAGAACGCACUAAACUCUUCGCCUGUACCGCCUGUUGUGAGACCGAUAUGUGCAACAACGGUAACGGGACAGCCAACGACCUAACAAUCAAAGAAAUCGACUUUCUGUUAGCUCUUGUGCUUCAAGCUAUCUUGACCGUUAUCAUGUAUCCAUCGUGACAGCAUUAAUAAAGUUACUUGUUAUAAUUCCCAUUA